AAAGCUUGAUCGGGCCCACGUCCCUCCACCUCGUCGUCCUCGUCUUCUCCUGGGCGCCGCCUCUCUGCCACAGCGCCUCACCGGUCUCGCAAUCGCGACGAGAGAUGGCCGAGAUUGAGCUGAAGACCGCACCUACUGACUUCCGCUUUCCUACCACGAACCAAACCAGGCAUUGUUUUACGCGCUAUAUUGAGUACCAUAGAUGUGUGAAUGCCAAAGGGGAUGGAACUGCUGAAUGUGAGAAAUUCGCCAAGUACUACCGCUCUCUUUGCCCAGGAGAAUGGGUGGAGAAGUGGAACGAGCAGAGGGAGAGCGGAACUUUUGCAGGGCCCCUCUAAAUCUCGUUUGAGAGUCACUGUGGAUCGCCCUACAGCUUUCAUCACUGGGGAUGUUUUCUUCGUAAUUGAAAUUGUGCUACUGUCUUGUGUCACUCAAGCACUCACUGCAAAACAUUCGGUCAUGCUGUUCUUUGGAUUGCACUCAAAAUUUUAAGCAUUGUUGCUCCUAAUACCAUGUUUUUCCUGACCUCCUUUUUGUUGCCUAGCUAUCCAAACACUGAACGCAUAUUGAGGUUUCGAAAGAUCAUAUCCGUUGUCUC